AUGUUUUUGUCAUUCAAAAGGUGUUUUUUUCGAGUGUCUCAAAUCACCCUAGACAACUCAGCAAGAAGCCUUUCCAUCUACUGUCGAGGGAAGCCUAUUAGCCACCAAGAGCUCUUCGAGUACACCAACGGCCGUUUUCUCGUAAAUGAGAAAUAUGAAUUCGCCAAGCGCUAUCUUAAAUUCAAUGUCAGCAAGCUCUGCGAGGUUGUUUCUGACUUACCUACCGUCUCAUCGACGGUGUUGAGAAUCGAUAAGAUAGAAGGCGGGUUCAACAAAGCUCUUCUUUUGACUAUGAAGAAUGGAAUGGAAGUCAUUGCAAAGCUACCUUGUCCGAACGCUGGCCCGCUUAGAUGCAACACGGCUUCUGAAGUCGCAACUUUAGAAUUGGUGAGGACUUCAACUUCAAUUCCCGCUCCGGGAGUCUUAGCAUGGAAUUCGGACCCAAACAACCCUGUGGGUGCUGAAUAUAUUAUUCAGGAAAAGUCUGCCGGAAGGCAGCUAUGUGAUGUUUGGGGUGAUAUAAACGAGCCCACAAAAUUCAGACUCAUUCGAAAUCUAAGUCGCCUAGAGGGAGAGCUCGUUUCUAUUAAGUUGCCAGCGUAUGGGAAUCUUUACUUCAGGGGCCAGAGUCCUGGAAACUCGCAGUCAUUAGAUGGCUCAGUUGACCAGGAAUCAAAAUUUUGUGUUGGCCCCAGUUUUGAUGACAAGUGGCCUGGCGAAUCUUUUCGAGAAACCAAUGAAACAGCCGCUUUCGCAGGGCCAUGGACUCAAUUAAGCGACCUGGGAACUGGCCUGGCUAAAAGAGGUAUAUGGCAUCUGAACAACUCUUCUACUGUCGUUUCCCGAGGACCCUAUCAUGGCUCUAUCCAGGAGCAUGAAACAAUUCUUGAGGAUGCCUUGAAGAUAAUCCCAAUCAUAUCAGUUACACCACUAGUCCAGCGUCAUGCGAAACCCGUACUUUGGCACACAGAUCUUCACCUCGGCAACAUCUUUGUGGCAGAUAAUGACCCAACAGAGAUCGUUGGCAUCAUUGAUUGGCAAUACACUACUGCUAGACCAUUAUUUACUCAAGUCCGCUGGCCAUCAUUUCUAGCUCCACCUGAAGGAUAUGAACUAGGAAUGAUCAAACCAGAACUUCCCCCAAAUUUCGAGGACAUGGAUAAUGAUCAGAAAGCGUUUGCUCUUGCAGAAAAGGACGAAGCCACAAGAACUAAGUGCUACGAGUCCGGGCUUGCCAAAUUCAAUUCUCCUUCGUUCUUUGCUAUGAAUCAUAUCGGCGAUAUGAUCCAGGAUUUCUAUACCAGAUGUGACAAAACAUAUUUGGAGGGCAUAAUUCCUCUUCGCGAUUCCCUGAUUGAAGUCUCUGAAAAUUGGUCAAAAUUAGGACUAACAGGGGAGUGUCCGGUGUCAUUCAGUCAAGAGGAGAUCGCCAAACACCUAGAAGAACGAUCUCAGUACCGUGAUUGGCUCCAAUUGCGUGGGUAUGCUCAACAGCUACUAUAUUCUGACGAUGAAGGCUGGAUCCCUCCACAGUUGGAUUUUGAAGAAAUGAGAAUCAAACACAAGGAGCUUUUUGAACUUUACCUCCAGAAAGAAGAACUGUCUGAAGAAGAAGGAAGAAAAACUUGGUUUUAUUCAGAACGGGCGUGA